CGAAGGUAUUACAUCAAAAGACUUGCGCGAGAGGCAACAAACCCCAACUGGCGGUUUCGGAGCCGAUGGAUUCGGCUUUUUGGUUCAAACCUGGUACUGCCGUGUUGCACCGCCGGUCAGCAGUCAGUUUUACGUCAACUAACAUCGGGACUAGACGUGCGUAUACUUGCUGUGAAGCAAAGCGUGAAUUAACCCUAUCGGCGUGUGAUAUUCUGUUACAGUUUGUGUAGUAGUGUUGCGUUAGUGUGUAAUAUUUCGUGUGAAAUUAUCUAGCAACGAGCCGCCAUCGUCAAAAUGAAGAUUCUUAGAACCCUACCGGCCGCCAUCUACUGUUUGAUCUUUGCGAUGCUUGGUUCCAGUGACUUCAACGCCUACAAACAUGCGGUGGUGGCUCAGGAACCUCUGUUCGAAUUGCCAGUCCAACUGAUCGGUUUUCCAGUCAUCAUUCUUUCUGUUCGGUUAGCUAACUUUGCCAAAAAGUUGGCGUAUUCUCUAAAUCCGAAGACCUAUCAGUCCCGAAGUCGGAGAGAAACGUUGUCGGGAACAACGGUGGAGCCGGAGCAGCUGUCGUGGCUGGCCAUCGAUGUGGCACAAGCUGAACGAAAAAUUUACCAAGAGUUCGGCCCGAAGGCGUGCAUCGAAGAGGAACCAUGCCGUAUUCAUGCGGUUAGCAGCGCUCGCAUGGACCAAUACAAGCCAGACUGGGACGACAUUUUGAAAAACUACAAAUCGCAAUCCAACGGAAUGAAGCAGUGGUAUCUGCUGUCCGUUUUCCUUGGUGACUAUCUGCGUGAUGUACAGUUUUGCAAGCAGCUCGCCAAGCGAUUAGAUUGCAACCGGUACCAGCGUCCGUUCGUUCGAGACUGAGUUUUAAAAUAGAUAGACGCAAAGAAAUGUACAUAAGCUUUGAAAACAAUCAUUUUAAGGAAAUGCUGUACCUAGGCGAUAAGUUAGUCAUCUAUAAAAGGAAUAAAACAAGUCAGUAUGCGC